AUGAGACACCAGCACAGCCGCACCAUGAGACACCAGCACGGAUUCACCAUGAGACACCAGCAGAGCCUCACCAUGAGACACCAGCACAGCCUCACUAUGAGACACCAGCAUGGAUUCGCCAUGAGACACCAGCAGAGCCUCACCAUGAGACACCAGCACAGCCUCACCAUGAGACACCAGCACAGCCUCGCCAGGAGAUACCAGCACAGCCACACCAUGAGACACCAGCAGAGCCUCACCAUGAGACACCAGCAGAGCCUCACCAUGAGACAAAAGCACGGAUUCACCAUGAGACACCAGCACAGCCUCAUCAUGAGACACCAGCAGAGCCUCACCAUGAGACACCAGCACAGCCGCACCAUCAGACACCAGCACAGCGUCACCAUCAGACACCAGCACAGCCUCACCAUGAGACAAAAGCACGGAUUCACCAUGAGACACCAGCACAGCCUCACCAUGAGACACUAG